AUCAAUUUAAUUAGGAAAAAAAGGCCUUGAAAUUGAAACAACUCAUAAUUGGACCCCUUAUUUUUGGGUGCCAGUUUCUAACUAAGUACUCUGUUGCUUCAUUUUCUCUCACUUUCGUUUAUCACAGCCUAGUUCUCUCUUUUUCUUAGGAAAUUUCAACCAAUUCAUUCUUGAUCAUCUCAACCCGAAAAACAAAAAUUCUAAUCAUACGUUAGCAUUGUUUUUAACGGAUUGAUCGAAGAUAAUCUCGUGUUACUAAACAUGUAAAUUGUUGAUAAUCUUGAUGGGGCACUGUAAAAUCAUCUUUCACAUUAUCAACAUUAUCAGUUUCUUGCUGUUGCUCUCAAAAGUUCAUGGAGAUGAUCCUGAAAUGUUAGACGCAACGAUUUGUAAUUACGCUACGAAAGCAUUGCAACACAAUUCAGGUAAUAAACUACUAAAUAUUUCUCUCCCUGGAAAUCUAUCAGGAAUACAAGCGUCAGUUCUCAGAAUAAGAAGUGGUAGUUUAUGGGAACGCGGCGGUAAUGUCAGCUCCAUAAAUAUUCCAUCAGGAAUUAUUCCAUUUCCAUUUGUGAAAAGAUUAGCUAUUGUUUAUCAGAAUCUGGGGAAUAUGUCUAAAUAUUACUAUAAAGUCCCUGGUUAUUCUUUGGUUUCUCCUGUUAUUGGAUUUCUAGCUUAUGAUGCUUCAAAUUUAACCCAAUUAGGCCAUAAAAUGAUGCAAAUAAGGAUUAUGGGUGAUCCUAUUUCUAUCAAAUUUUCAAAGAUUGGUUUAAAUCAAGGCAAUUCAGAUUUGAAAUGUGUUAAAUUUGGUGAAGGUGGUUUGUUACAAUUUAGGAAUUUGAGUGAGGGUAAUAUUUGUCAUACACAAAGUGGUGGCCAUUUUUGUAUUGUUGUACAGUCUUCAGAAAAUAAGUUGAAGAGAUGGGUUUGGUGGGUAAUUGGAUUUGGAGUUUUAGUUUUUGGAGUAAUUUUAGUGGGGUUGAUUUUGGUUAGUAGUUAUAAACUGGUUAGAAGUAAAAUGAUUGAAAAAAUGGAGGGUGAAUCUGAAAAAGGUGUGGCUUUUGAUGUGAAAUGGAUUGGAAAAAGUAAAAUGCCUUCUGCUUCUAUGGUAAGAACUCAGCCUGCCCUUGAAAAUGGGGACAUUCCUUGAGUUUCAAUUCAGUUUCUUACUUCAUUUCUCAUAUUGUUUUUGUUAUUUCACAUUGUUGUCAUAGAAUUGUUAUUAUAAUCCCAAAGAUAUAUACAACUAUGUCAUACAGAAAGUUCUCAAAUCCUACAA